ACUGUGUCGGGCGAGGAAACCAAUAUUUGCCGGGGGUGAUCACAAAUCGGUCUUAUGAAGACAAAAUCACAAGUAGAAGACCGGUAGAUCUCUUUAACGAGUUUAAGGAUGCAGAACAGACAUUUGCCGCGUUUGAAACACAGUUACCUGAUACCUACUUUAAAGACUGCAUGAAGUGGUUGCACCAACAUACAUUCGCUUUAUCAACAUGCAUACAAAGAGAAAAAUAGGUAACGUUAUUCCAGCCUGGAACACUACUCCUCUCAAAAUUUCUGUUUUUUAUCGGCAUCUGCGAUCACAUUACACUAUACGCCUUCUCAUACAACAAGGAGCGGCCGCGGAAACGUUGAGCCGAAAUCUGAGUUAAUACUAAAGUUCAUUCAUGGCCGCUCGAGUGACGCUGUAUUAGUUGCAGUAAUUUGGACUCCAUCCAGAUUUCAAAGGUGAGAGAGGACUUCUACACGUCAACGCAUGAAUGCGUAGCCCAGAGAUAAGACUUGCCCCGAUGGAGAACGAUUCGAGCUCAACAUUCUCCGUGACACGCGCGGGUGACACGCCCAGCGAAACACCAGACUACCAAUUUCUCAUAACCUUCUUCGUUUUCCUGACGCAAUAUUUUUGGAUCGUGCCAGUGGUGUUAGGCGUUCCCGGAAAUGUUCUAUCCAUCUUCGUGGCAAAUAGAAAGCACAACCGGGCGCUGUCCCCGUGCAUCUACAUGAAGGCAAUGGCCGUGGCGGAUAUGCUCGUACUCAUCCAGCAGGCUAUCGGGCUUCCAUUGCUAUAUACUGAUAUUGGUGCACAGAUUGUCUACAGGAGGGAUAUCAUUCAUAAAUGCCAUGUGUACAUUUAUUUCACGUGUGCCAUGCUCUCGGGGUUUUUCCUGGCUGAGAUGAGCGUUGACCGUCUGAUUGCGGUGAGGUUCCCAAUGGCUGCCCCGCGAAUCUGCACCACCUCCAGGGCCAUCAAGACCGUCAUCAUCACUGCCAUUUUCGGCAUCAUCUUUAACUUCCAGCUUCCUUUUGUGAUGGUUUAUGUUAAGGACCCCGUUUCAGGAGCUGAGGCAUUAUUAUUCGACGUUCCAAAUAAUAAAGCAGUAGAAAUCUUCGCCUCUUUAUCACAAACACUUUUAGGGACAGUUUUCCCAUUCAUUAUCAUAUUUGGGAGCAACGUUAUCAUCAUAAUUGCAGUCAAAUCAGCUUCGGAGAAAAGAGCCAAGAUGAGCGAAGGCCAAGGUCAAGGGAACCGGAAAGAGGAACAGCACUUAACGCGCAUGCUCAUUUUCGUCAGCUGCGCGUACGUCGUGUCGUCACUACCGUUUCGACUUUAUAUUUUAUUGAUAGACAUACCGGAAAUAGGUUGGAUUUACAACAUGGAUGACACCUACUGGAAUCUUCGUUAUGCUGUACAAGGAUUUUUCGUAUUCGAUGUUUGGUUAUUUAAUUAUGCUAUCAACUUUUAUUUAUACUGCAUAGGGGGUGGUGUAAAAUACAGACGAGAUGCCAAGGACGUUUGCAAAGAGUUGGUUUCAUGUUGAUUUUGGCAAAACACAAUGAUCUGUUGAUCGAUGGGCUAUUGCUGCAAUCAAUAUUUGAACAUUUCCGCCGAAAGGCUUGUUUAGUCGAAGAGUUACGUUAUCAAAAUUGAUUCAUAUGCUGGCUAUACAGGGGCAGUAAUGAAAAUGAAACCGAGACACUCAAAACAAACGCAAUAUGCAUAAUUAUAAUUCUUUAUCAGUCGCUUUGUGAACCAUCUCACCGAAAGGCUCGUUUAACUUCAUGAUUACGUAAUCAAAGUUUAUCGAUUUAGACAGUCACUUUAGACCUCAUCGGAGGCAGUAUAAAAUACAGGAGAUACGCUGUGAGAUUCUGUAUUAUAUGGGAUUGGUAAUUCCUUUUUAAUAAAAAAAAACAUUAUCUGCAGAAACUAAUGGGCUGAUUCAGUCAAGUUGUGAAGUCUGUUGCCCCAAACCUGUUUGGCAUUUUCCGCAAAGCGCCCUUCAAACGUGCAAUUUAAUCGCUGCGACAUGCGAUUAAAAUCAAAUUCGUCGAUAAUCGCUCAUUUGCAGUGAGACGAGAGAUCCUUGAGUCGCACGUUGCAGUGAUUAUAUAUCGCGGGUACAUCUACUCGGCCAUCAGCUCUAUAGUACUAUGGUGUGAUUUACAACUUUGCGGAAAUAUGUCCGUUUUUAAUUGUUGAUUACAAAUGUAAAGCUCAAAUUUUCCAUUUUUGAUUAUAUUUAUUGUAAAAUCGCUAAAUGUAAACCACCGCGACCGCGAAAAUGUUCUUGUCAACAUUGUUGUGACGUCAUCAACGAAAACGGCAUCGAAGCGAGCCGUCCGGCGGGAUUAAACCAUCAAUUUCUCGAAAAUGUGCAUUUCUAUUCGAAAACCUUACCGAUUUAUGAGAAAGUGACGUAGUCAUUUGUCAAAAUCAGCUAAAACAUUAUAUGGUGAAAUUUGACACGAGUUAUCCUUUAAACUACGGUUCAACUAAACUGUGGUCAUUGGAUCUGCCGUGAUGAAGCAAUCCGGGGGGGGGUGACAUGAACAGCUCCCAGCUAAAUUUACCGCGGAUAUAAAGGUUUAAAACCUUAAAUUGAAAUCGCGCGAAAAGCUUUUCUCCCGGCGACAGAAUCUCAUUACACUGGUGCCAUCCAGAACUUCAGGUCAACACUUGGCACUAACGACCGAGCUCAGUAACAUGUGCGAGGGGAGGAGCAUACGACUGACCCUGGUUUUCGAGGAUGCGCAGGUCUGCUCUUGGAGUGAACUACAAACCUGGCCGACACCAUUGCCGAUUAGUUGGACACUUUUAAGACAGAGGGCAGCACAAUAUGUUGCCGGACUGCCAGUAAAUCUCAUUGUCGCAUUCGUAUAUCAUUAUCAUAUUCUAGUCCGUGUUACUUCCAUUCCGAGACACAUUUUUCGAGGACUAUGAUAUGACUCAUUCUUCAGUUGAUACCAUGGCAUCAUGCCACGGUCAGUGAAUGAUAGAAUUCCAGGGAAUUGACAACAAUCAGAAGAGAGACAGUGUCAACCCGAUUGUCACAACCUGUCCCGGCUAUAGGGACACUCGAUACGACAGUUGGUAUGUGCAGUCACAGACGGACACGGCAGCCCGUGAUUUACCCAUACAUGGGUAGGGAUUGCGAGCCAUGCUCCAAGCAGACAUGAUACUCAAGCAUAUCAACUAUCGAUGUUACAAUGACAAGAGUUCCGAUCAUAAGCGGGGAGGGUGGUCGGGGGCUUGCCUAGCUUAAAGUACCAAGGGUGCAGAUCGGGGACCAGCCCGGAGUGAUGUACCCAGUGUCUGAUCGGGUGCUUGCCCAGGAUAAUGUGUUCAAGGUUGCAGAUCGGGAGCUUGCCCAGGAUGAUGUACCAAGGGUGCAGAUUGGGAUGUUGUCUAGGAUAAUGUGCCCUAUGUACAGAUCGGGGACAUGCCCAAGAUGAUGUACCCAGGGUGCAGAUUAAGAGCUUGCCCUGGAUGAUGUACCCUAUGUACAGAUCGGGGCAUGCCCAAGAUGGUGAACCCUAGUGGGUUACAGAUAAAGGAAUGACGCAUUUCUCUUUAAAUUCCUUUUCAUGGUCGUCGUCUAUUGACGAAAACACUAAGAGGAACAUUAAAAAUGUUACACCAGUGAGAGAUGCCCUGUAUAUGACGUAACGUUUUAUGUCACAUUCAAGUGAACUCGAGACCCUGUCGAAUAACGGCUCGUGGUGUCUUCAGCGUG